CAACAUGGCGGUCGAUGAAUGUUCGAUAAGUAAAGCAUUUGUAUCUAACAAUGAACUUUGUAGCGAAUGAUAUUAUAUUGAUUUUGCAUGCAAUUGACUAUUCUUGUUUUGGAAAAGAAGAAUAAGUAAUGUCGUAAUGGUUUACAACGUUAUAAUAGUUAAUCAAACCGAUUCUAUUGACAUUGCCGUUUUGUAAUGAUAUUACUGAUAGUCUUCGGCUGCGCAUGUCAAAUUUUAAUGAACAGAUCAAUUCCCAAACAACUCGACAAAGAUGGCUUGAGAAUUCCAAGCAGAAAAUCAAUAGAAUUCUAAAGUCUGAUAGGAUUUGGACAUAGAAAACCAAUUUCUGCAGAAAAUAUUAGUUGAUGCCAUUUUCAGACGAUGUUGUGCUUUAAUGGUGGUGUAUGUGGUUAUUCACGCUUGUCUCGUUUAAAAUUGGAUCAUUAUAUUAAAUAGGAAAAUGUUAUACUUUCAAAAUUGUUUCAAAUGAUCAUAAUGUUUGAAAUAGUAGUUAAUAAUUAUGAUUAUUGUGUGUUUAGCUGAAUAUGGGUUGGAAUAGUUUAUUUCAUUCGGAAAAUUACGAUAACCAGCAGACGUUCCUACCAUACAUGAAUUCCGAGUAAAGAAACAAGAUAUUUACACUGAAAUUGUUAUUUUUCAAUCAAAUUUUGUUCUUUCAUCUCAAAUGUCAGUGUCAUGUGUUCUCAGUGUUUACGUUUCGGGAUUUGUUACAACAAACCUAAUAUCACUCACGUGCAAUAUCUUGGUCUUCCUUUCGGAAUACCUCGCCCUUAGCUUAACCUCUCUUCAGGUGACAGUAUUAUUAGUUUGUGUUAUAUUAUGGUAUAGUUCCACUCCUACAUUCCUUAUUUCUGACAAAAUAAUGGGAAAUGAAACUAGCAGUAUACCGUCGGAUGUUACAACGCCAACAUCCGAUAUUCAAGAAUCGGUUGUUUCAUUUGGAUCUAAAAGACGGGCUUCCGUGUCGUCCACCAGACUGCCAUCCCCAGUGGAACCACCUGAACCGGAUCUUAGUAACUUAACAGAAGAGGAAAUAUCUCAAAUACGAUCAGUGAUAGGCAGAGCAAAGGAAAUGCAAAAGGCAGAAGAAAAACGAAUCAGACAUUUGGAGGAAGAUUAUCUGAAUACAGCCAUGACAGUAGAAGAAUUAACAAUAGCCGCGGAACCAGAAGCUUCAGAUAUUAUGUUGUGUCCGGUUUGCUUGAGAAAUGAACUUAAAUUGGAUGAUAAAAAUCCAAGAAAAUGGCAACAUGUUUGUGUAGACUGUCAAAAUAUGACUUGCUCAGAAUGUGGAAAGUUUGAAAGCUCACUCAACACAAAGCUACAGGAGUGGGUUUGUACAGUAUGUCAGAAAAGACGUAUGCUGGUGCUAAGUACAGGGUUGUGGCAUCCUGGUGUUGAAGUGUCUGAUACCGUCCCUCUAGAAAGAGAGAUACAAUCCCGGUUAGAAAUGUUUACGAAUUCUAGGCCACCUUUAGAGCGUUCAAUAUCAGCAGACCGAGUUGAAGUAUCUCCCACUGAACACCAUAGAGGAUUUAGAAAAUUAAAAAGACAAAUAUCACUUCCAGAUCCAAUUGUUAGUCAUACAAAUCCAGGAAAACAUCUCGGAUCAAUAGCAGAAUCCGGAAAAAGCCAUCAGGGCAGUCAGGAAAAUAUUCCCCGUAAAGACACCAAGUCUUCAGCUCAACCGUCGUUAGACAGUCCAGACUCAUGUGACGUUCAAUCUACCUCGUCAGGUACUUCCAGAAUCAAAGGUGUUUUGCGGACUAUGGCAGGAUCUUGUGGUAUGAAACAGAAAACACAGAGUGAUUCCGAAUUAUCAGACAUUACGUCAGACGUUGAUAUGGAGGAUGUUUCUAUGCAAUAUUACCAAGGUGACGGAGUAGAUACAGAUGAUGUCAGUGAUGAUUAUUCCAUGAUGAGCAUCGGAAGUAGUGAUGACAGCAGACUUUACAGAAAACAUCGUCCGCUUUCUUUAAAUCUCAACCAAUCCCAGAGUGCUACGUCAUCAGAUGACGAUACCUCGGAUAGUGCUUUAAGUACGGACACUGAAAAUAGGCUAGCACCGUUUGCUUCGUUAGACGAGGCUCGUGUUGCGUUAGCGGCCAGUGCCUUUGCAGAAGAAAUGAGAGACUUUAAAGGCGAAUCAUCCGAAGAAAGUUGGAAUCACACUGAAAAGUCAGACUCUGAAGUUCACAGUGACAAUAACAAAUGUAGUCCACAUGCACCAAGAAGUCCGAGUUGGAGAGAGGGUCUAGAUAGUCCACCAUUUUCUCCACGACGUAGGGAUUCAUAUCCAGGAAAAAAACGAAACGUGACAUCACCAGCGUCUUCCCCAAAAGAAAAUCAGUUCAACUUUACAGAAGUUACUCCUCCUCCUGGACAAUUUGCAAACUUUGAGCAACAAAACAAAACAUUAACUCAAUUGAAACAGAAUGAGUAUUUUGGUUCUGGAUAUUCUGCUGAUAGUGGUUCAAACUCACCGGAAGAUCAGUUAAUCACUGAUAGUAGUGAUGAUGAAUUUAUUUUUGCAAGGCGUGGAGAUGAAAUUAUAUUUUCUAAUCACCGGGAAAAGAUUGGCAUUCCACAGUCAGCUGCAGUAAUGGAUCUUGCUUCUUUUGCCGCUUCCAUUGCAAACGAUACUGCUAAUUUAACGCAAAUGACAAUAUCUCCUACAAAUUUGGAUGCAUAUUCAAUGGGAGAUAACUAUCGAUUGUCUCCAGAUUCACAGGACAGUAAUGGAAGUUCUUCACCAGUUUCUCCUGGCAUUUACGAUAAUCCGGUGAUCCCAGAAGAACCAAUAGAGCUAGCUGAUCCCGCUUCAAAACCAAUUGAUUAUCAAGGGAGCAGACGACAAAAGGCGAGACCACCAUCUACCGACUGGUCCCCCGUUAUCGAUUUGUCACCAAUUUUAGAUGUUUCACCGUCUGUGGAAGAAGCUGAACAAGUAGAUAUGUUAGAAAAACAAGAAGAAGAAAGAAGGAGAAGGGAAUCGCAAGAGGAAGACGAGGAUGAAACAACGGAUAAACAAUAUUUCAAACCGAUAAAUGAACAGGACGAUUCUUUGGCAUAUUAUGGAUUAAAACGUUACGAACGAGUAGAAGAUAUCUGUAAGCUAGUGCAAAAUAAUAAUGUUAUAAAUGGCGAUCAAUUAGAGCGUUGUGAAAAAGAUGAAGGUGCGAAAAAGAAGGAAGAAAUUUCUGAAAUCCCUUUUUCAUGUGUUUCACGAACAGAUUCAACUGUUCAACAAGGAAGUGUUGUGACAUCGACCCCUUCUGUAUCGUGUGUUUUAGUCGAUUCUAAAAUGUCAAGCGAGAAUAAAGAUCCUUAUCGAAAUGUAUACAUUCAACCUACUCAAAACAUGUCGACGGACCUGCCAAUAAAGCAAAAUGUGUCACAUAUGUCGACAAACGUGCCGAUAAAGCAAGAUGUGUCACCAACUCCUAAGCAAAGACGAAAAUUGCCGGAACCCACACCGGAGAUGGUGUCAGAAUCUCGGAAGAAAAAGCCCCUCCCCCCAUUACCAGUUGAUGCAAUAAAAGCAAAAUCCUCACCGAAAAGAGUUGUUGAUACUAAAACUAUAGAGGAAAGUAAAGUUAUUGACACAGCAUCAGUAACAAAAGCAGUUGGUGUUCAUUCAAGAGUUACUAAAUCAUCUUCUCUUGAUGAAGCACCAAACAAACCGGUAAAGGUGUCAACCGUAGUAGAAAAUAAAGAUCAUAAACAACCAGUUGAUGUAAGAAAAAUGGUUGAAAAACGGUCAAACUCUUUGGAAUCUCAUAAGUUCAAUCCAAAUAUAUCGGCAGUAGACGAUGUAAUUGAACCACUUAAACCAACUUCUAAGCUGGAUUUGCACAAAUCAGAUAAUAUGACUAGGAGGAUGAAACAUACAACAAAAUCAGACGAUAAAAUUAACAAGAUAUCUGAUCGUAGUUCGGAAAAUAGCUUACAGAGACAAGAAUCCGAGGAAAGGCGUUUGAAAACGAAACACCUUAAAGCCAAACCUAAUCCCUUACUAAUUCAGCAUAUUGAAGCUGAGGAGUGUAAUGUGUCCCCCCAAUACAGAGUUUUAGAUUCACCACCGAGUCCAGAAUCUAGGUCAUCAUUGAAGCGUGAUUAUUCCGACAGUACAUCGGUUUCGCCAUCUUCGUCUCCAGAUAGGGAUUUAUACAUGUAUCCAUCUCCCGUAACACCUCCCGACUCUGAUUCUUCUCCACCUAAACCGCAUUCACCUUCAUCACCGGGAACUGAUUUUGACGAUGACAAUUUUAUUAUUAAUAAAAUCACACCCACGUCUGUAAAAGAUUGGCAUAAAGAAGUUUCACACACAAAGGUCAAAGAUAAGGUCAAAACAUUUGAACAGAUUUCAGCCACAGAACAAAAGAAAGGAAGACGAAAGCUACCACCUAUUCCUUUGACAGAGGAAAUACCUAGUAGAACGAAAGGCCAAAAUAAUGUUCAUAAAAAGCAGCAUUUAAAACAAGAUCACAAAAGAAAACCUAGAGGUUAUGCAACUCCUUCAUCCACGAGCGAUGAAUCUAUGAAUGAAGACGACAUAGAAGUUGCCAUGUUUACAAGACAUCGUAAGAAUAUGAAUAACUUAGACAAACCUACUCUUGACAAAUGGAACGGAAAUUAUCUUCCAUCUGAGGUAUCAUACAGUGAUAAAAAUAUCAAAGAAUUGUAUAAUGAAGAUAUUAAAGCGAAUAUUCCAGCUAUUGCCUGUGCUGGCGAGAAAGUUACAAAUGUCGAGAGAAAUAUUGACCAAUAUUUAAAGGAUAAAGACGAAACAGAUGCAAUUAUUGAUUCAAUGAUUAAUAUUUAUGGAGCUCCAAUUACACAAGCUAUGAAAUCGUUGAAAAGAAGAUUACAGGAUGAACUGAGACGUGUAACGGAAGGGAGACGUACAAGAAUUGAAGAACUUGAGGAGAUACGUGCAUUACAAAUGCAAAUAGGAGAAUUAAAGCUUAGCAGGGAAUAUGCUAAAUUACAAGCAAAAAGAACUCUUUCACCAAAAACAAGUAAGCAACCAACAAAUCAAAAUGGUAAAAAACGUGUUCCUACGUCACCGCAAGUAGCUCCACGUAAAUCUAGGCAUAAACGGCAAUCUUCUGAUCCUAUGAUUUCGAAAUUUUCACCCAUUAAAGAGGACAAAGAUAUUGAGGGAGAUAUGCAAAUCAAAGGCAAGGAUCACAAAGAGACAUCUCUAUUUAGACUUGUAGCAGAUGACAGUAGCCUUUCUGGAUUGAGUGACACGGAUAGCACGCGAUCGGAACCGAUAAUGGAUGUUAGACAACAAACAAUACCUAUUCAUACAAAAAUGUCUGUGCAACCUAAAGAAAGUACAAAAUUUCAGGGACGGAAUGUUUAUUCAAAAGUAUUACGACCAGAUAUGAAACCAAAAAGUCAUUCCGAAACUCACAUUCCAGAACGUGUUCAAAACAAACCUGCUCUUUUAGACUUGUCCGAUGACGAGGAAAGAAAAGCUAGAGAACAAAGAAAAUUACAACUUCAAAACGAAAUUGAACGACGUAAAAGGCAAUUAGAAGAGACAAGUAAGCUUCAAAAUGAACUUUUCCAGUUAACGCGUAGCGGUCAAGUGAUGGCUCAUAGUUAUGACGAUAUUCCCAAAAAGUCUACAAAUAUGUAUGCAAUUAUGCGACCAAUCCCUACGGGUAUCAUAAAACCUUUGGAUGAUGAUGAUUCAGAUGAAGAUAAAGAUUCUCAACAAGGACGCUGGGAAACAGAAACCAGUUAUAGUUCAUCAGAAUAUCUGGCUCACAAACAAGAACGGACCAAGCGAAGUCGAGGACCAGAUCUUAGUGCACAUUCAAGUCCGUAUAUAUAUCAAGGAAAUGUUGAAGAUAAAAAAGAAGUAAGGCCUGGUAAACAAAAAGUUGAUUUUUAUUUACGGCCUCAUCAUGGGAAUGACCUUAGCAUGCACAGUAGUGUUACUUUACCCGAACUUCAUACGAAACAAGCAGAAUAUGUAUCUGCAACGGGUGGUGCUUUUUCCGAUACUGAAGCUAGCCCACCUAGUGAUUCUACACCUGCAAUGCCUCUUCUUGACGACGUCAAGGCACGUUCGCGGAAGAUAAUUCAUGAAAUAGGCACUGGUAGUCGACCUGUUUCAGCAGAGUAUAAUAUCACUAGUGAUGACCUGUUAAAUGGUAUGCACCGUGUUGAAAGCGACAACAGUGUUGAUGCUGAUGAACCGUUGAUGAAACACAAGCUUGAAGGUGGUGUUACAAUAUUGAAACAAAAAGACAGAAAGAAACAGCCUGCGCCAGCACCAAGGAGAAAGUAUGACCUUGGAAUAAAAAGGAUACUGCUGACGCGUGAUCCGAAGGAUAAAUCAAUUAAAGCUGGUAAUGGUAUAGGGAUGAAAAUAGUGGGUGGCAAAACAGUCAAAGGAACGACUGAAUCUGGUGCUUUUGUUACCGCAAUUUUUCCUGGUGGGGUUGCUGACCAACUGCACGGAGAACUCAAAGAAGGUGAUCAAAUCCUUGAAUGGAAUGGUAUUGAAUUAUCCAACAAGACAUACGAGGACGUACAAAGAAUUAUCAAUACUCCAAAUGUAGAGAUAGAACUUGUUGUGAAACCAUCUGCUCAUCAUGCCAAAUCAAUUGACAAAUCUAAAGGAGGUCGUAAUGCAGCAUAUGACAACAUGGAAUAUGUUGCAGAUGAAGUUUACGAAAAAUGUCUUAAGUCAAACCAAGGAGUUGAUCCAAAACAGUUGGCAGCACAGUUAGAAGGUAUAAGAGAGGGCGAGUCAUUAGCUGGAUCUCAACCAGAAUCUCAGUCAUCAUCUCAACAUGACGAAUACGUCACCCCAAGCCUUUCGUCGCCUUCAAAUUCAUCACAAACAUCUACUUCAUCUGAUAGAAAUAGAUCAAAGGAUUUGAGGGAAAUAAAGAAAGAAAUGAAAGAUGCAAAGGCAAAUACAAAUGCAGAAAAGGGUAUUCAAAAUGUGUGUGGAACCAUGGGAGAAAUACAGUUACAACUGAGUCAUGAUGAUUAUGACAACACUCUAAAUGUUCACUUGAUACAAGCCAGAAACCUGAUGCCAAAAGAUAUUAAUGGAUUAUCUGACCCUUUUGUCAAGAUAUACUUACUUCCAGGCAGAUGUCUGGAAAAUAAGAGAAGAUCGAAACAUAUAUCACGAACUUUGAAUCCCCAGUGGCAUCAAACAGUAAUGUUUCAAGAUUUACAUCGAGAGGAACUUCAGAAUAAAAUGUUAGAAAUAACAGUCUGGGAUUAUGACAGAUUUAAAACGAAUGAUUUCCUUGGAGAAGUUAUCAUUGAUUUGUCGGUCAAUGGUGUGAUGGAUAAUAUGCCACAUUGGUAUCUUUUACGAGAACAUGACGUCACAACAGGUGUAGAAUUACCCAAGCCUACACUAUUACCAGCUGACAUACGUGGUGCAUCAGACAUGAAACUGUGUGCAUCACCAAACCUGUAUUGUAACUCUCAGGGAUCACCCAAACCAAAUCGUCAGAAGCUCCCGACAAGCAAAAGUGAAGGAAUGGGACGACGUAGACGUUCGUUAGGGACACUGACUGAUACGGAUCGUCUUUCUGCCUCUGACUCCACAGACGUGUCUUCUGCACACUCUUCACCUCUCCUACGACACAACUCAAAUGACAUGCCACUAACUGCGGCACUCACUACGUCACAUCCUGGAGUAUGAACACAUACUGGAGAUAUCAGUCUUUCGACUAAGCAUCAGUUAUGGUGCAUACACGAUAUUGUUAUCUGUGAUAGAGCUGAAAACUAUAAGCUGUUACACGUUCAUCUUUGUAUUUUGGGGAAAAAUGUCUCUGGUGCCAAAGUAGUUUGAUUGUAGUCUCAAAACUUGGUAGCUAAACUUAUUGCCGCCAAAAUUCAAGAGAGACACACAUUUUCAAAUCAUUUUUAAAAAAAGUUACCGUUUGUUAUAAGCAUCGAUUUUAUUUCUAUAGCAUUUUUUAUGUUUUUUUUCUUUAACAGAAUAUUUUUUUCGGUUAUGGCAAAUUUUCAUAUACAUGGAUAAGAAAUGAGCGCUGAGAUAGUCUUAUUCAAUACUGCGAAUACUAGAAAGUGUCAAAUGCUUUCUUUGUUUCUCGACAUUGGGUUUCUACAGAUGUCAAUGUUCUCAAAGGUUUAUCAAACCUUUCAGGGUUUAGAAAGCUUAUAUGUUAUGCUACUUGUUAUACCUUAUGUCUAGUUAUAUUUAUGUAAAAAAAGGGUCUUUGUCCUUCAAUCGUAGAUUAUAAAAUACCAUUUCCAAUACAAAAAGAUACAUCACACACAAAAAUAAAGAUUUAGACUGGAACCCAACCAAAAUUUAGUGGUAAAAGGAAGGGAUCAGAGAGUUAAGCAGUUCGUGCUCCACUAGUGACCUAAAUCAUGUCGCACAAAAGUUGUAUGAUUCUGUUAACAACGAUUCCAAGCAUCAAAUGUGAAAUUGUUGCUUUUUGGUAAUCAAAUGUGAAACUGUUGCUUUUUUGCACACAUCUUGGAGUUGAAACAAAAUAAAAUAAGCAUCGUAUUCUUCCAUAAAUAAUCAUCACAUAAGCUGUGGAAUCAAUCGACGACAUGGUAUUAAAAGCUGACACAUUAUCAUAGCUUUCCGCUGGAAGUAUGCUCGUUUGUUAAUCUUUUGUUUUAUAACCUUGUAUUCUAGAUCAUCACCACAACGUAGGUGAUAUGAGCGGAAAACAUUGCCUUGAGGCACAUCUAUUCAUGUUACGUAAUUUCUUCCACUUUUUUUUCAAAGGAUCGAUCUUUGAAAAAAUAAAAUAAUUUAUGUCGUUCUUGUUAUAAAUUUCACAAAAUGUUUAUGUUAUAAUUCUGAGGUGCCUAUGUUAAGUAGAUGGUUCGAUAUUUAGAUAUUUAAGAAACCUGUAUCAUAUAGUUAUGCAUUAAUAUAGAAUUACAACAUUUAAUUUAUUGUAAUCUUGAAAGAUUCAAAGUUGUUAGUUUUUGGUUGUAUCUGUGAUUAUGCACGUGUUUGUACGUGUUUUGUUAAAUAUCAAUACAAGCAUAAUGGUCAUGUAAAUGAAUAAAUAACAGCCAUUGUAAAACAAGUUUAAAUAAAAUAUCAAAAACAA